AUGACGAGCGCCGACCCGACCGUCGUCUUGGUUCCCGUCUGGGGCGUCGGCCACUUCGUGCCCAUGAUCGAGGCCGGCAAGCGGCUGCUCGCGCGCAGCAGCCGCCCGCUCUCGCUCACCGUGCUCAUCCUGCCGGCGCCGACGGAGAAGCGCGCGUCCGAGAUCGCUGACCACAUCCGCGAGGUGGAGAAGGAGUCCGCCGGCCUCAGCCUCGCCAUCCGCUUCCACCACGUCCCGGCAGCCGAGCCCCCGCCCGUGGCCACCUACUCGGGCCCUGAGGAGUUCAUCUCCCUCAACAUGCAGCCGUACGUACCCCACGUGAGGGCGGCCGUGUCCGGCCUGGCGUGCCCCGUGGCCGCGCUCGUGGUGGACAUCUUCUGCACGCCGCUGCUCGACGCGGCGCACGGCCUCGGGGUGCCCGCCUACGUGUACCUCAUAUGCAGCGCGGCCAUGUGCGCGCUCCUGCUGCGCUCCCCGGCGCUCGACGAGGAGGCCGCCGCUGCCGGCGACGUCGAGUUCGAGGAGAUGGACGGCGGUGCGGUGCACGUGCCGGGGCUCCCGCCGGUGCCCGCGUCCUGCCUCCCGUCGGGACUGGUGGACAGGAAGGUCCCGACGUACAGGUGGUUCCUGUACAACGGCAGGCGCUACCCGGAAGCCGCCGGCAUCAUCGUCAACACCGUCGCCGAGCUCGAGCCACACGUGCUCGCGGCCAUCGCUGACGGCCGGUGCACACGCGGGAACCGCGCUCCGACGGUGUACGCCGUCGGGCCGGUCCUCGCCGCAACCAUUACUACUCCGCCGCCCGCGGACGCGGGGCAGCAACAGGAAGAACACGAGUCCGUGCGGUGGCUCGACACGCAGCCGCCGGCGUCCGUGCUGUUCCUCUGCUUCGGGAGCGUGCGGUUCUUCACCGCACGGCAGGCGCACGAGACCGCGCACGCCCUGGACCGCAGCGGCCACCGCUUCCUGUGGGUGCUGCGCGGGCCGCCGGAGCACGGGACGAGGCUGUCCUCGGACGGGGAUCUGGCCGAGCUGCUCCCGCCGGGGUUCUCGGAGAGGACCAAGGGCAGGGGGCUAGUGUGGCCGAAGUGGGCGCCGCAGAAGGAGAUCCUGGCGCACGCCGCCGUCGGAGGCUUCGUCACGCACUGCGGCUGGAACUCGGUGCUCGAGAGCCUGUGGUUCGGCGUGCCCAUGCUGCCGUGGCCGUGGGCCGCCGAGCAGCACUACAACGCCUUCACGCUGCAGGUGGGCGGCAUGGGGGUCGCUGUCGCGAUGGAGUUGCGUAGGAAGGAGGACAGCUUCGUGGAGGCUGCCGAGCUGGAGCGGGCAGUCCGAGCUCUCAUGGGAGGCGCCGAGGGGAGGGCGGCGAGGGAGAAGGAGAGGGAGAUGAAGGCGGCUUGCCGGAUGGCCGUCGAGGAGGGCGGCUCAUCGUAUGUGUCCUUGCAGAGACUCUGCGAUGCACUCCAUCAAGGUGCAGUGCUCCCUGCAGGAAAGUUUCCUCAGGAUACAUGA